AUGAACAAUGUGGUCUCUGAAAAUGGACAACAACUUUCAUCAAGUGGAAUCAAUAUGAUUGCAUCAAAACAAGACACGGAACACGAUGACUUUCUGAAAAAUCAUUUGUUUUCAAACAUUGAUGAUGUGUUUGAACCUUUGGAGGAAAAAACGGACAUUAUUCUUGGUACUGUUAAGGGAAUACGUCAAAACAUACAUUGGUAUUACCUCGCUUGUAGCAACUGCAAAAAGUUAGCAAAACAAAAAGAGUCUUCUACCGAUAAAGUUGAUGGUUCUCAUGAAGUGGCCGAAAUCGUUACUUAUGAAUGUGCUAAUCCUAUAUGCAAAAAUAUCCAAAUUUCGGUUAUUCCAAGGUUAACCGAGAAUAUAGACAUAAUUGAUGAACUUGAAAAAAAGAAUCAUAUUCCACAGGAUUGUUUUUCACAAACAAGUGGAAAUGUAACACCGUAUGCUAGGGACAACUCAACUGCAACAAGUCCUACAAAGUUGAUUUCUAAAGCAACUGAGUUGAAAAGAAACCUUGCUACAUUCAUAGAUCUUGAUGAAAUGGAAAAUUUGUGA